CCGCCUGCUUACCAAUUAAAACAGUCUUCCCGUGCACAUGUACACACAUCCACGCAAUUUCUGCAGAAACCCUUUUUUUUUUUUUUGAUGAGAGGUUUCUUCCCAAGAGACUGACGCCAGAACGAAGAAACAGAGAUAAUUUGUAUUUAGGGAAAGGUUUGUGUGCGGCUCGAUCAGGUAGAAUUUGCGGAUUCCGUCGCAUCGCAUCCAUGAUGUGUACGUGAAAUUUAACAUUGACGAAUCUCCGAGGAUUUGUGCUUUUCCAUCGAAAUGGUGCACAGCGCCUACGAUUCCUUCCAAUUGAUCCCCAAUUCCUCCACAAGAAUUGACGCGAUCGAGUCCUAUGGCUCGACGUUGCUUCUCUCUUGCUCGGAUGGCUCUCUCAGAAUCUACGCCCCCGAAUCAUCUUCCGGUGACCAGAGGUCGCCCCUGCCUGAGUUCUAUUCCCAAGCGCCGGAGCUGAAGAAGGAGCCGUACGUUCUCCAGCGGACAAUUAAUGGCUUCUCUAAGAAGCCGAUGGUCGCAAUGGAGGUUCUCCACUCGCGUGAGCUCCUCCUGUCGCUCUCCGAGUCGAUCGCGUUUCAUAGGCUCCCCAAUUUGGAGACUCUGGCAGUCAUUACCAAAGCCAAGGGUGCCAACGCGUACUCCUGGGAUGAUCGGAGAGGCUUUCUGUGCUUUGCGCGGCAGAAGAGGGUUUGCAUUUUCAGACACGAUGGUGGACGGGGUUUUGUGGAAGUAAAAGACAUGGGUGUUCCAGACACAGUGAAAUCGAUGUCGUGGUGUGGUGAGAAUAUAUGUUUGGGGAUCCGUAGGGAGUACGUAAUAUUGAAUGCAACUAAUGGUGCAUUAACUGAGGUGUUUCCGUCGGGGAGGAUUGCGGCACCUUUAGUUGUGUCUCUGCCGUCUGGAGAGCUUCUUCUGGGGAAGGAUAAUAUUGGAGUGUUUGUUGACCAAAAUGGGAAGCUUCUGCAAGAAGGCAGGGUUUGUUGGUCAGAGCCUCCUGCCGCACUUGUGGUUGAGAAACCUUAUGCAGUAGGUCUCUUACCAAGACACAUUGAGAUACGGUCUCUCCGUAAUCCUUAUCCAUUGAUUCAAACAGUUGUUCUUCGAAAUGUUCGACGGCUCCAUCAAAGUGCCCAUGUUAUAACUGUAGUACUGGAUAAUUCUGUUUAUGGUCUGUUUCCUGUACCUCUUGGCGCACAGAUUGUACAACUAACAGCUUCAGGAAAUUUUGAGGAAGCAUUGGCUCUGUGCAAGUUACUUCCUCCAGAAGAUUCAAACCUUCGAGCUGCAAAGGAACAAUCAAUUCAUAUCCGGUAUGCCCACUAUUUGUUUGAAAAUGGAAGUUAUGAGGAGGCCAUGGAACAUUUUUUUGCAUCUCAAGUGGAAAUCAACUAUGUGCUCUCCUUGUAUCCUUCUAUCAUUCUUCCCAAAUCAACUUUGAUAGCGGAUCCAGACACAUAUAUGGAUAUUGGUGGAGAUGGUCCAGCUCUCUCAAGAGAUUCCUCUGGACUUUCAGAUGAUAUGGAACCUUCACCUUCUCUUGUAUUGGAUUCUGAGGAAUCUUCAGAUCUUGAGUCCAGGAAAAUGAGUCACAACACUCUGAUGGCUCUCAUUAAGUUCCUGCAGAAAAAGAGAUUUGGUGUCGUUGAAAGGGCUGCUGCUGAAGGUACUGAGGAAGUUGUUUCAGAUGUUGUAGGAAAUAAUUUUGUUUCUUAUGGUCCUGGUCGGCCAAAGAAAACAACCAAGGGUCGAACCAAUGCACCUAUUGGUUCAGUUGCAAGGGAUACUGCAGCUAUCCUUGACACAGCAUUACUCCAGGCUCUUCUAUUGACAGGACAACCUUCUGCUGCUUUGGAACUACUGAAGGGUCUUAAUUAUUGUGAUGCUAAAAUAUGCGAGGAGUUUUUGCUGGAAAGAAACCAGUAUGUCUGUCUCCUAGAACUUUACAAAUGCAAUUCCAUGCAUCGUGAAGCACUUAAGCUUCUUCAUAGAUUAGUUGAAGAGUCAAAUUCAGAUAAUCCACCAGCUGAGCUCACGCAAAAGUUCAAGCCUGAGAUGAUUAUUGAUUAUCUCAAACCUAUCUGCAGUACAGAUCCAAUGCUUGUCUUGGAGUUCUCAAUGCUUGUUCUUGAAAAGUGCCCCACUCAAACUAUUGAGCUCUUCUUGUCAGGGAAUAUUCCGGCUGACCUUGUCAAUUCAUACCUGAAACAGCAUGCUCCAAAUAUGCAGACUACAUACUUGGAGCUUAUGCUUGCUAUGAAUGAGAACAGUAUCUCAGGAAACCUUCAGAAUGAAAUGGUGCAAAUAUAUCUGUCAGAAGUGCUCGAUUGGUACACGGAUCUUAAUUCUCAGCAAAAAUGGGAUGAGAAAACUUUUUCUCCCACAAGGAAGAAACUGUUGUCUACUUUGGAGAGUAUAUCUGGUUACAACCCUGAGGUUUUGUUAAAGCGUCUCCCACCAAAUGCUUUAUACGAAGAACGAGCCAUUCUUUUGGGAAAGAUGAACCAGCAUGAGCUUGCACUCUCCAUCUAUGUCCACAAGCUUAAUGUUCCUGAACUGGCUCUCUCUUACUGUGAUCGGGUGUAUGAAUCCGGACUUCAAUAUUCAGCAAAGUCUUACGGCAACAUUUACCUGACUCUACUGCAAAUAUAUUUGAAUCCUCGGAAGACAACAAAAAACUUCGAAAAGAGAAUAAAUAAUUUGACAUCCAAUCAGAGCCCUGUGGUUCCAAAGCUUGGCUCAGGAGCUACCAAAAGCAGAGCUCGACUAUCUAGGAAAAUUGCAGAAAUCGAGGGUGCAGAAAUGACUCGCAUCAGCCAAAGUGGUACUGACAGUGGGAAGAGUGACGGCGAAACUGAUAUUGAUGUUGCCGAGGAAGGAACCUCUACCAUUAUGCUUGAUAAGGUCAUUGAUUUAUUGGGCCGAAGAUGGGACCGUAUAAAUGGGGCACAGGCCCUCAGACUGCUUCCGAGGGAAACUAAAUUGAAGAACUUGCUUCCAUUUCUCGGACCGCUCCUCAGAAAAUCCAGUGAGGCAUACCGAAACUUUUCAAUUAUAAAAAAUUUAAGAGAGAGCGAAAACCUGCAGGUCAAAGACGAACUAUUCAGCCAGAGGAAGAACACCGUGAAGAUCACAGGCGACAGCAUGUGCUCACUCUGCAACAAAAAAAUAGGCACCAGUGUCUUUGCCGUGUACCCCAACGGCAAGACCAUCGUGCACUUUGUUUGCUUCCGGGAUUCGCAGAAUAUGAAGGCUGUCUCCAAGGGCUCGUUGCUACGCAAGAGAUGAUGACAAACAGAAUCAAUUGCGACAAUUCCGGUGUGCGUAUAGAAAUUGUAAGAAUUUUAUGUUCCCACGGGAAGAAGCUGUGGCCAUUUUAUACAUACACAGCAGCGACAAUGAUUCCCUCUCCUCCAUUUGCCAUAGUGUGGGGUUUUUUUUUUUUUUUUUGCUUUGGUUGCGGAUUCACUUGCAUUACAUCUGUUGUAAAAUAAUUUUACACCAUUGGAACAAACUUCUCAUCCAUUGUUCAGUAUGUUGCCCAUAUUCAUCUCUUA